CCGGGCCGUCCCUACUAAGCUGAUGCCCGGUGGAAACGGAUUGUGAACUGAGUAAACUCACCAUCGUGAUAUCCACGCCGUCCAUCAGUUUUACUAGCUCAUUUUAGAGCACAAGUUCAAAAUAGAAGCAUAUCCAAACCUCAAAAUAUACCACGCCACGGGAAGCAUUGCGAAUUGAACACUUAUGGUUAAAAACUUUUUGUGGGACUCAGAAGUUUUGGAUCGAGCUGAUAUUUGGGUUUUCGCUUCAUCCAUAUCUUUAUGACCUUAUCAGCAGAUUGGAUGACAAAUAAAAAUCACUGUGGGCUCUAGGAAGGUUUCAACGGUGGAUGUCAUUAUCCCUACUAUUUCCUGUGGUGUGGUCCACUUAGGCGGUGGGUAUUCAUCAAUUAUAGAUUCCUGCCCUAAUAUGAUCUAGAAAAAUGGAUGAACGGCGUGGAUAAGACACAUACAUCCAAGGUGGGCCCCACAUAGUUUACUCAGUACACAAUCUGCUUCCAGAUGUCACACGUGUGAGCAAAGACGUGCGUGUGGCUUUCGCUGUUAAAACCCUGAAAUGAGCUGGAAAAAUGGACUAUCGGCGUGGAUAAGACGCAUACAUCCACGGUGGGCCCCACAGAGUUUACUCAGUACGCAACCCACUUCCAUGGUUGGUCCAGAUGUCACACGUGUGAGCAAAGAUGUGCGUGUGGCGUUCGCUAUUAAAACCCCAGAUGGAAAAUCGGAUGAACGGCGUGGAUAAGACACGUACAUCCACGCUGGGCCCCACAGUUUACUCAGUACGCAAUCCGCUUACAUGGCUGUUUCAUAUGUCACACGUGUGAGCAAAGGCGUGCGUGUGGUGUUCGCUGCUAGAACCCUAAACCCCAUGAAGAUAUUCAAAAAGAGGGUAAGAAACGGAAACAAAAACACCCACACAACCGUUUUCUCAUGCAAUCUUCACACCACACUCCAUCCCAUUCUUCUCCCCUCCCUAUCCCAUGGAAGAAAACCCCCACAAAUCUCGACCGUCCAUCUCUCUCCUUCUCCAAACCAUCACCAUCAUCUUCACCGUCCACCUCCCAUCUCAGGCUCAUCAACGGACGGGAUGGCCCCGCGGAAACUGAACCCCUCCCCAUCGUAAUCCGCAGAGCGGGAAGGGCAUCCCGCUACUCGUGGGAUGGGACCCACCUCCGAUUGGUCCCUUUUGAUUGUGGAGGUGGAGAGUCUCCUGAUGAUCGGUCGGUGCUGUUCGUUGAUGAGAUUCGACGGUUAUCUCGAAUCUCGAGAUCAGCGAUCCGGAAGCUGUUCGUCCCGCAGCAGGUGCAGCGGAACUACAUGGAUUAUCUGAAGUGGAAGCUCUUGCAUAGGGUUUUCAGUUCGACGCUCCAGGUCCUUGCCACCCAGGCGAUGUUUCGAGCCAUAGGGAUUGGGUCCUCUAUGUCCCUUCCAUCGGCUGCUGCAUUGAAUUGGGUGCUGAAGGAUGGGCUUGGACGGCUUAGCCGAUGCAUAUACACCGCCAGCCUUGGAUCUGCAUUCGAUGCCAACUUGAAGAGGGUAAGGUUCUCAACAUCAAUCUUAUUCAGCUUGAGCAUUGGAGUUGAGUUGCUGACUCCAAUGUUUCCCCAGUAUUUUUUGCUUCUUGCAACUAUAGCGAACAUUGCGAAAUCAAUUAGUCUGGCUGCCUACCUAGCAACCGGUUCUGCCAUACAUCGGAGCUUUGCCAUAGCAGAUAAUCUUGGUGAAGUUUCGGCAAAAGCUCAGAUUCAAACCGUUUGUUUUGAUAACUUGGGUCUGAUGCUUGCUGCUAUCUUAAAUAUUUUGUGCAAGAAUAGCCAAAGGUUACAAGCCACUCUUCCAUUGGUUGUAUAUCCAAUUUUCUCCACAAUCGACCUGUUUGCUAUCUACCAAGGGCUCAAACACGUACAUCUACAAACAUUAACAAAGGAUAGGCUAGAGAUCAUAAUAGAUAAAUGGAUUCAUUUCGGAUUUGUCCCUUCACCUGCAGACGUGAGCAAUGAGGAAGGUGUUUUCAUGAGCAGUAGAGGCAGUGAGUCAUGGCCCAUCAGAAUCGGGUGCAUUGAUCCCAAGAAUAUAUCACCCAAGUCCUCGAUGUUGACUAUGCAAUCCUUGAGAGGCGAGGAUUUCUACUUCAUCUGCAUGGAGACCUCGUACGUGGGAUUGACAAGAAAGCGGCAACAAGGGAUUCUCCUUUGUCUACAGGAAAGAGCAGGCAGUACAGAUAUAGUUGCGGGAUUGUUGCAGGCAUGCCAAGUCCGGAAGGCACUUCAACUGAGUAGGCACAACCAGAAAUGCAACUUAGAAGAUAGCAGAGCUGAGGAGUCUAUUUUCAAGGAAUGGUUUGAGGUGGUGGAAGAUAGCAGGAGAUACGCACAAGGGGAGAUCAAUCCAUUGAUGGAAGCAAUCUGUAGAACAGGGUGGGCUGUCAAGAACAUCUUGCUGAAUACACAUGAGCAGAUACGAUAUAGCUUUGUAGGUGACUAAACAGGACAUGAACAAGCACAAUUACAGUGAUUUCAGCAAUGCCAUCAAGUGUAAAGGAAGCGGGAUCAAAGGAAAAGGAAAAAGAGAAGAAAAACAACCAGGGCACAAACCCGGACCACACAUGCAUACACACACACACACCAUUGUCUCUACGAGUUCAACAUAUUGCCAUUUUUCUUAAUGUUGUAUUAUUUUGCAUGUUUUACAGAUGAACAGGAAAAAGUAGAAAGAACAAAAGAAACAUUCUUUA